GGGUGGGGCCGCUUCCCUGCAGCAGAGACGGCGGCGGCAGCAGCUGCAGCAGCAUCAUUGGGAGCAGCGGCAGAGGCAGCAAUGCUUGGCCUUCGCUGGAGGUGAUCUCCUCCGAGCCCUGCUAGGUAGCCGGCUGCGACCGGACGCCGGUGGGAAGGAGAAUAGAGGUUCAUCCGUGGACCCCGCUGCCACACUGUCCUGCCCUUCCUCUGCGCCAUGGCUUAAGACCGCGGCCACUUCGCCUCGCGUCCCUGGCUUCGCUGGGGUCUGAGCACCGCCGCAGCCUCAGGGAAGGGCGCGGCCCAGACGCCUUCGCUCCGGGACUCCGGGACGCCUGGUCUCUGACCUCCCGAGCCUGCAGCAGACUGCGUUCCCAACACCUUUGCAGUCGGUAAUCGAGGGACUUUAUCUCCGUGACAGUUUUGCUGCCCUGACCUUCCUGGGGUGCUUUCUGAGGGAGGAGGGCGAGGUACUCAGGCCACCAAGGAAAACACGGUGGGAAUCAGAUUGGCUGGCUGGUCAAGCGCCAAGCGACUGAGGAAGAUUACAGACUUGCUUUAGAAACACAAAAAGAAGGGAAGGCCAGCUUUGCAACUAACAUCAUGGCGUGGCCGUGCAUCACGCGGGCUUGCUGCAUCGCCCGCUUCUGGAACCAGCUGGACAAGGCGGACAUCGCCGUUCCCCUGGUUUUCACCAAGUACUCGGAGGCCACCGAGCACCCAGGCGCCCCGCCGCAGCCGCCGCCGCCGCAGCAGCAGCAGCAACAGCAGGCGCAGCCGGCGCACGCACCCCCCUCGGCGCGGGCGGUCGCCAUAGAGACUCAGCCGGCCCAGGGCGAGUUGGAUGCAGUUGCCCGGGCAACAGGGCCGGCUCCCGGGCCUAGUGGCGAACGCGAGGCGGCUGCCGCCUCUGGCCGGAGCACACUGGGCUCCGGCCCGGGCUCAGGCUCCGGCUCCGCCUCUGGCGCGGGCCCUGUGGACUCGGUGAUGCGUCAGGACUACCGCGCCUGGAAGGUGCAGCGGCCCGAGCCAAGCUGCCGACCGCGCAGCGAGUACCAGCCUUCCGACGCGCCCUUCGAGCGCGAGACCCAGUACCAGAAGGACUUUCGCGCCUGGCCGCUGCCGCGACGUGGGGACCACCCGUGGAUCCCCAAACCGGUGCAGAUCCCCACGUCCUCCCAGGCUUCAGCGCCUAUUCUCGGUGCGCCCAGGCGCCGGCCUCAGAGCCAGGAGCGCUGGCCAGUGCAGGCCGCCGCUGAGGCUCCGGAGCAGGCAGUGGGUCCUGGUGGAGCCGGUGCGUUCUCGGCAGGAAAGGCAUCGGGUGCGGACGAGCGCGAGACACGCAAGAAGGCCGGGCCCGCCUGGAUUGUGCGUCGCCCUGAGGGGCUGGGGCACGAGCAGACGCUGCUGCCCGCAGCCCAGGCCCAGGUCGCGGGCCCCGAGGGUGGCAAGGGGCGUGCGGCAGCUGAUGCCCUCAAUAGGCAAAUCCGCGAGGAGGUGGCGAGUGCAGUGAGCAGCUCCUACAGGAAUGAAUUCAGAGCAUGGACGGACAUCAAGCCUGUGAAACCAAUAAAAGCCAGGCCCCAGUACAAGCCCCCAGAUGAUAAGAUGGUUCAUGAGACCAGCUACAGUGCCCAGUUCAAAGGGGAGGCCAGUAAGCCAACACCAGCUGACAAUAAGUUCGUUGAACGCAGAAGAAUACGCAGCCUCUACAGUGAACCUUUCAAAGAACCACCAAAGGUGGAGAAACCCAGUGUCCAGAGUUCCAAACCAAAAAAGACCUCAGUGAGCCAUAAGCCCCCGAGGAAGUCCAAAGAUAAGCAGGUGGUGUCGGGCCGGGCCUCCAAGAAAAAGAGCACAGAGGGCCCUGGCGCCGCCCAGCCCGACGACAAGGAGCAGAGCAAAGAGAUGAACAAUAAACUGGCUGAGGCGAAAGAGAGCAAGGUCGAUCCCUCCAGUGAUUCACAUAGGAAUCGAGGUCCUGUAGCCCCAGAGCCAGACAAGGAUCAAGUUGCCGUGGGCUUGGGGCCUCUGAAAGAUCAAGGUCCUGUGAUCCAAGAGCCUCCAAAGGAUCAAGGCCCUACUGUUCCAGAGCCUCUGAAGGAUCAGGCUCCCGUGGCCCCCAGGCCUCUGAAGGAUCAGGAUCCUGUAGUCCCAGAGCCUCUGAAGGAUCAGGGUCCUUUGGUCCCAGGGCCUCUGAAGGAUCAGGGUCCUGUGGUCCCAGGGCCUCUGAAGGAUCAGGGUCCUGUGGUCCCAGGGCCUCUGAAGGAUCAGGGUCCUGUGGUCCCAGGGCCUCUGAAGGAUGUAGGUCCCAUGGUCCCUAUACCAGUUAAGGAUCAAGACCGUGUGGCCCCUGGGCCUUUGAAGAAUGAAGGUUCUGUGAUCUCAGCACCAGUCAAAAAUGAAGGUUCCUUGUACCCGGUGCCUCUAAAGAGUCAAAGUCCUGUGGUUCCAGCAAGAGUUAAGGAUCAAGAUUCCGUGGCACCAGAGACUCUGAAGGAUCAAGGUCCAGUGGUUCCAGCACCUGUCAAGGACCAAGGUCCUGCGGCCCCAGAACAUCUGAAGGGUCAGAGCGCCAUGGGCAGAGCCCCUGUAAAGAACGAAGGUCCUACACUCUCUGAGCCUAUAAAGAACCAAGGUUUAGUGGUCCCAGAGCUUCUGAAGGAUCACGAUUCUGUGGUUGCAGCACCUGUAAAGAAUCAAGGUCCUAUGGUCCCAGAACGAGUCAAGGAUCUGGGCCCCGUGGUCCCUGAGCCUCCAAAGAACCAAGGUCCUGUGGCUCCAGCACUGGUCAAGGACCGAGGUCCCAUGGUCCCCGAGCCUCCAAAGAACCAAGGUCCUGUGGUCCCUGAGCCUGUGAAGAAUCCAGUCCCUAUAAUCUCGGUGCCUCUGAAAGAUCAAGAUCCUCUAGUGCCACCACCAGCCAAGGACCAAGGUCCUGCGGUCCCUGAACCUCUGAAGACUCAAGGUCCCAGGGGCCCACAGCCGCCCACUGUCUCACCUCCACCCCCAGUCAUGAUCCCUACUGUCCCCCAUGCAGAAUAUAUAGAGAGUUCCCCUUGACACUCACCCCUUGACACCAAGGAAGGAGCUGGCGGUGAAAGUUAUCCCUCCCCAGGGCAGCGAAG